UGCAGCAAGAUGCGCUGACGUCACAGCAGGAGGAGAGCAGAAGUGAGCCGGGCCACUCUUCUCCAUCCUAGCGAUGAUGGCGUCCCCACACCCAUGAGCAAGCAGAAAAAGACGAGGAAGAAAGAAAGGAAGAAAGAAAGAAAGCGAGGCCCCUUUCAGGAUCGCGAUGAUUAAUUUUUGCUUCGGACUUCAGUUCGUUCGUCUUUUGUUGCUGAUAUGUCCGGAUCAUUGACUUUGUGUUGGAGGUUGGGGUAAGGCGCAGGUGCCUCCAUCCAUCCGUUCAUCUAUCCGUCCAUCCAGCGCAGUGGAGGGGCCGGGCCGGCCCGAUGGCUGCUGGGGGAGGUGGAGGAGGAUGCGGGGAGUCGGUGGAUCAUUACCGGGCGGAGGUGGAGCGGCUGACCCGAGAGCUCGCGGAGGCGAACCGGGAGAAGGUCCGGGCGGCGGAGUGCGGGCUCGCGGUGCUGGAGGAGAACCAGAGCCUCAAACAGCAGUAUGCGGAGCUCGAGGCCGAGCAGGAGACUCUCAGACAGGAGCUGGAGCAGCUGCAGGAGGCCUUCAGCCAGGCGUACACCACCCAAAGGAAGGUGGCUGAAGAUGGGGAGACCAAUGAGGAGACGCUGCUGCAGGAGUCGGCCACUAAGGAAGCGUACUACAUGGGCCGCCUACUUGAGCAGCAGGCCGAGCUGAAGAGCAGCAGAUCACAGGCGUCCUGCACGCAGGCUGAGAACGAGAGACUCAGCACCAUCCUACAGGAGCUGAGAGAGAGUAACGAGAUGUUGGAGUUACAGAGAAACCAGAUGAGAGAGGAGAUCAGGGAGUUUAAGUUUCGAGAGGCCAGAUUACUGCAAGACUACACCGAACUGGAGGAGGAGAACAUCUCGCUGCAGAAACUGGUGUCCACGCUCAGGCAGAACCAGGUGGAGUACGAGGGCUUGAAGCAUGAAAUCAAAGUUCUGGAGGAGGAAACAGCUCUGCUUAAAAGCCAAUUAGAAGAUGCGCUGCGCCUGAAGGACAUCUCUGAGAACCAGUUGGAGGAGGCUUUGGAUUCUCUGAAAAGCGAGCGAGAACAGAAGUACGCUUUGCGCAAGGAAUUAGCACAUCAUCUAACCGUGUGCGACGGGGGUUUCAGCUCAGGCUGUGCGCACCUGAUCGCCCUGACCUCAGCGCCACCUAGUGGCAGUGCCACCCCGACAGCCGCCACAUCACCCAGCAGUGAGGACGGUGGCAAGUGCAAUGGGCACAUGCUUCAAGGCGCGGCGGGAUCAGUUUUGAGCCGACUGAAUGGAGACUUCAGGCCAUCGAGUUUGAGGAAGACUGAAAUUCUGACCCCUGACCUCUUUAGUGAGCUAAAUGGCCCUGAAAUCCUGAAACAAAGACAACAGCUUCAGCAGGUGGAACGUGAAAAAGCGUCUUUGCUCAACAGCUUGCAGGAAUCACAGGCUUUGCUCCGUCACACACAGGGGGCGCUGACGGAGCAGCAGGAGAAGGCCAGUCGAUUGGGCGAGCGAUUCCGGAAACUUCGCCGCAUGCGCAGCAGCAAGGAAACCAAGGGAGAAGAGGAGGACGAAGAAGAGGAGACAACAUGCGUCCCUAGCAGCCAGGAAGGACUGAGUCUGGAAUUGCUGCAAUGUAAAUACAGGGUGGCUGUGACAGAGGUGGUUGGACUGAAGGCGGAGCUUAAGGAGAUGAAAGAUAGAUAUAAUGAGAGCGUGGAGGCAAGAUUGCGGGCGGAGGAGCAGGGCAAGGCGCAGCUGCAAGCAUUGGAGACACAAGUGGCACAGCUGGAGCACAGGUGCAGGGAAAGCCGGGAGAAGGCGGUGAAUCUGGAACGUGAGCUGCGGGCAUCCACUAACACAGGCUUGGAGACGCAGGGAAUCCUGGGAACUGCCCAAGAAGAGCUGGCGACAUUCAGUGAGGAGUUAGCGCAACUUUACCACCACGUCUGCCUGUGCAAUAAUGAGACACCCAACCGCGUUAUGCUGGAGUACUACCGGCAGGGCCGAAUACCAACGCGCAUUUCCACCCCUGGCCACAAGGGGCAGGACGAUCACCGUGUGUUUUUGACCCCGCGUCUCGCACGUCGUCUGGCGGCAAUUAACGCUGCAACAUCUGCAGAGUCUCGUAGCCCGUCGGACUCACCAUCCAAAGAUUCUCUCACUGCUGAGCAGAGCCCAGUCCGUACGCCACAGGGUUCACCCGUCGUUAGUGCCUCUUCCUCAUCUUCAUCGUCAUCCCCAGCACCCGAGUCGGCCACGGGGUCCGACCUCCGCCGGGAACCCACCAACAUCCACCACCUAAACGCCAUCAUCCGCGACCAGAUCAAGCACUUGCAGAAGGCGGUGGACCGCUCACUCCAGCUGUCCCGCCAGAGGGCGGCCGCUAGUGAACUCGCCCCGCUGAUGGACAAGGACAAGGAGGCCUGCAUGGAGGAGAUUCUCAAACUCAAGUCCCUCACGAGCACAAAGAGGGAGCAGAUCGCAACCUUGCGCCUUUUGCUCAAAGCCAACAAGCAGACGGCUGAGGUGGCUCUGGCCAACCUGAAGAGUAAAUACGAGAACGAGAAGACAAUGGUGACUGAGACCAUGUUGAAGCUGAGGAACGAGCUAAAGGCCUUGAAAGAGGACGCAGCCACCUUUUCUUCCCUCAGAGCCAUGUUUGCCACACGGUGUGAUGAGUACGUGUCUCAGCUGGACGAGAUGCAGAGACAACUCGCGGCGGCGGAGGACGAGAAAAAGACACUCAACUCUCUCCUCCGCAUGGCCAUCCAGCAAAAACUCGCCCUCACGCAGAAACUGGAAGACCUGGAGUUCGACCAAGAGCAGUCGCACCGCCCCCGCCUGGCAAAAACGUCCCGGCUGAGGAGAAGCACACCCAAAAAAGUCGUCAACUUCCUCCUGCCUACCAAGAACUAAACACGCCGGACCCUGUUAACCUACAGGUCUCAGCACCCUGAAGCUUUUCUCCUCGAUUCCCGCCUCCCCUAGACUAGAUCUAAGGCACCGCUUGGAGCUUAAACACCACAGGAGUGCCUCACGCCCGCGACCUUACCGCACCGUGAGCCGAGUUCACUGGACACACUGCGGUGAUGGCAGAGAGGCACAAGCCAAAGUACAACACAAGCCCUGAAUGCUGAUCACAUGAUGCUCUGACAUCAUGGUCAUGUGGUCUCUUGUACAUUUGCAUCCUUGUCCAGCAGCUUUUUGCCUAUGACACUUUUUUACACGCUAACUUAAGAAGUGUUCAUGUUUCACAGUUU